GCGUGCUCGCGACGCUCGGUGCAUGAGCGAGAAACGAAUAUAAACAAAUCACAGGUUGUAGAGCGGAGAAAUGUGCUCAUGCGUAGCUCCGAGCUCUAGGGAUUCUCUUUUGCAUUGUCUUUCAAAUUUUCGAACACUUAUUUCAGUGUAUAUCGAGAUCUUGCCGCACGUUGAACGCUUUCGCCAGAUGGAGUGCUGUGAAGUGUAGUGAUAUUACGGUUGUGUUUUUAAUGUUCCUUCGCAUUGAGCUUGGUUUGUGUGUAUGGGUUGGUGCAUAAGAAACUGGUGUACGGAAUUUGUAGUGUGAGUUCUGUUUUUGUGUCGUUCGUUAUCUCUUUGGACUGCGAAAUACGGUAUCUAAUCCGGGAGGUAUUACGGAAAUUUCCCCUUCUGGCGACGGAAAUCGAAAAUCAUCACUCAGAAGCAGUUUCGAAAGGCUGCUUCGUCAAAAUGGAUACGUAUGUGAAAAAUUUGCUGAACGGUUGGAAUAUGCCGGAGCUCAUCAAGAUAUUUCAAGAGGAAGAAAUCGAUGAAGGCGCAUUCAGGUAUUUGAAAUACGACAUGAUUAAGGAGCUAAUCCCAAAGGUGGGCAAACGGGCCAAGUUCGUUCAAAAGUACGAGGAAUACAAAGAGAGCCUAACGGAUCGGCCUGCGUUUGGCGAGCUGCAGCUAGAUGAAAAGGACAAAAACGCAAACGCCUUGCAGAAGCCUUCCAACAUCAACUGGAGCCGAAUCGAGCGGGUUUGCGGUUCGGUACCGACCUACCUCAAAAAUCUGCUCAAAAUGUGCGGCUACGAGCAGGAGAGCAGUUUGCGAAACCUCAACGAUGACGAUUUCGUCGACAUGGAACGCUUCGCCCGCGAAGAACUGAUCCACUUGGUACCGCAGACGCAGUUCUACUUUCACAUAUUUUGCACCGAUCCGGCGCGGGAGUUUCGGCUAGUUCCUGGACAUCGCAAGCUUCUGCUGCAGAUGAGUGCCUAUCUGAACUACACAAAUGCGGCCAAUGAGCUGCAACGUGCCGAUCCGAUGGUGCAGGUGCACCACCGAUCCGAACGACCCGUACCUGUACAGGAGAGGAUGGAGCGCGCCGAGCGUCCCGCCGAACGACCGGUAGAGCGACCGGUGGAGCGGCCGGUUAAGCCGGAGCGAAUGACAGAUAUCAACCUGGUGCGGGAAAUACGUGAGCAACGCGCUCUGAUGCAGCAACUUCAACUGCAACAGCACCAGCAACAGCAAGAACUGGUUAUUCAUGCCUCGGAGAUGCUUCAAGAACACAUACCUGAUAUCAAGGUUGCUUCCACCAAAAAUCCUCCGUACGCCUUCGAACAAGCUACAGUCUAUCCUCCUCUCAGCGACGUAGCUCGGGUCAAGAAAAUCCAAAGCAUCAUCAUCAAACUGAUCGAAAUGUGGAGUGAUAAACACCCGGUCAAGCUCACCCUCACUGAGGACAUGAUCAACGUCACCUACGAACUGAACGGCUACAAUGCCUUCAUCAAGUGUCCCAUGUGCGCCGUACAAAUCAAAGUAUCCAAACUCCCGACCAAAAAGGGCGACCGUUUUGUGAUCUCAAACUUCUCGAAGCACGUCAUCAAAAUGCACUUCUCGCUGCAGCAGCAACAACAGCUCUCUCAAUCCCAGCAGCAACAAACGAACGACACCAGUCGGUCCAGCUUGGAAAACUCGACGUUCUUCAACGAGGAAAACUCCGACAGCAGUAAUUACCCGUACGAGGAGUUCACCAUCAAACGCGCGCGGCUCGAAGACGAUGAUGAUGAAGAACAUGAGAUUCCGGCCCAUAUGCUGCACCCCUAUGUGAGCAUCAAGGACGAGGUGAUAGAUCUGGAUGCGUAGUUUUGGCAGGCCCGAGAAUCCUUCUUCGAUAGCAACAAAUUGUACUCUGGUAUACUGAAAAAUAUUAAUAGCUAAUUGGUGUUUAACAUGAACAAGAGCUGAACUCAGUAGGAUUUAGUUACGAUAUACAAAAAGAACUAUUUAUGUAAUACUUUAAGUCCUGAAAAGACAGUAGACGAAUGUUCUGCCGCCCCGUUUAUUUCCCGAUAAAAAUUAACGAAUUCCUUCGUUAUUGAUUAAGUUUAGGUACGUCGCAGCAUAGAAUUCAAAAGACUUUAAACUGUAUGUUUUUUUUCUCGUCCGAGGAAAGUGAAGUUAAUUAACUAGUUUAAGGUUAUGCUGUGUAAAUAGGCUGAUAGGUUUAGCAUGAAUCCUGAUCAUUUGGCAAACAACAUUCACAAAUAGACAUUUAUGUACUUGAUUCCAUUUUAUCAUCUUCCAAAAACGUGAAUAAAUCAUGUGCACCUGUUUCAUGUAAUGAACGUAA